AAGACCCGAGCCAAUGAGACAUCAAUCCCACGCCUUGCUAAAGAAAAAACCAGACUGUAAAGGGUAAUUGAAGCUGAAGGUGCCUGAAAGUUAAAGCAAAACUUAGUUUGAUCUCCAAAGAAAUCAGAAAACAGAAAAAAUGGAGAUAUUUGGUAUGGACUUUGGGUGUGUAAUUGGAUCUCUUCGCCAUGGCCAAAUUCCAGAAAAAGAUUGCUUGCUUCCUCUUAUUUCUAAGCUACUUGGUUAUUGUAUCGUUGCCGCUUCCACCACUGUCAAGAUCCCUCAGAUAUUGAAGAUCUUGGAACACAAAAGUGUUAGAGGGCUUAGUGUGGCGGCUUUUGAGCUUGAAGUUAUUGGUUACACAAUUUCUCUAGCAUAUUGCCUUCAUAAAGGCCUCCCCUUUUCAGCUUUUGGGGAAUAUGCAUUUCUGUUGGUGCAAGCUAUAAUUCUUGUUGGGGUAAUCUAUUACUUUUCACAACCUGUGGGAACUUCAAGAUGGAUGAGGGCACUAUUAUAUUGUGGCUUGGCACCAACAAUUUUGACUGGUAAAAUAGAUCCCAUGCUUUUUGAGGCUUUAUAUGCAUCACAACAUGCAAUAUUUCUCUGUGCAAGGAUUCCUCAAAUAUGGAAAAAUUUCAGUAAUAAAUCUACGGGGGAACUCAGCUUUCUAACAUGUUUUAUGAACUUUGGGGGUUCCAUGGUGAGGGUUUUUACCAGCAACCAGGAGAAAGCACCUACAAGUGUUGUGAUGGGCUCUGUCCUUGGUGCCAUAACGAAUGGUACCUUGUUAAGCCAGAUAAUUAUAUACAAGAAGUCUGACAAGAAGAAAGAAAAGAAGGUUGAGUAAAGAAAUGUUCUGUUUCUGAGACUGCUUCGCCAUGGCUGUAAAAUCUCCAUGUCACAUUAUAUAUCUUUUUUUUGUAAGCAACACUGGCAGUUUCAAUCUGUAGAUUUUAUUACAUUUAUACACACGGGAUGGAAGAUAAUCUGAUACUAGUGACAAAAAUAGAUGUUGCUGAUUCAAAAGAUGAGCAAGAUAUUCUUUUAUUCUGUCAUUAAUACUCUGUUGAUUGUUACUGAUGAAUGCAUGCUAUUUCAUUGUCUCAA